CCUCUUUUUCCCCUCUCCGAAAAAAAAGGAAGAAAGUUGAUGCAUAAAGAAUCUUGGAAAUAUGCAGAGAAGAUUCUAGAUGGUUCGAAUGGGGAUGUGGCAGUUGAUUCUUACCAUCUAUACAAGGAAGAUGUGAAGCUUCUAAAGAAAAUGGGAGCAGAUGCCUAUAGAUUCUCCAUAUCAUGGCCUAGGAUAUUGCCAGGUGGAUCAAUAAGUAAAGGUGUGAAUCAAGAUGGGAUCAAUUACUACAACAACCUUAUCAAUGAGCUUCUAGCUAAUGGAAUACAACCAUGGGUGACUCUUCUCCACUUAGACACUUCACAAGCUCUCCAAGAUGCCUAUGGUGGCUUUCUAAGCCCCCAAAUUGUGAAAGACUUCCAAGAUUUUGCAGAUCUAUUGUUCAGCCAGUUUGGGGACAGGGUGAAGCACUGGGUCACUAUAAACGAACCGUGGGGCCUGAGCUAUCUUGGCUACACACUCGGUGUUUUUGCACCGGGACGUUGCUCCAGCUGGAUUGAUGGCAGCUGCACGGGCGGUGACUCUGCCACCGAGCCCUAUGAGAUCACGCAUAACCAGCUUCUCUCUCACGCUGCUGUUGUGAAGCUGUACCGGGACAAAUACCAAGAACUGCAGAAAGGGGAGAUUGGAAUUGUAGUUAAUGCCUUUUGGUUUGUGCCUUAUGAUGACACUGAUGAAAGUGUCAAGGCUAGAGAUAGGGGGCUUGCUUUCAUGAUAGGAUGGAUCAUGGAUCCUGUAGUGUAUGGUAGGUAUCCAGAGAUCAUGAGAGAGAGAGUUGGAAACCGGCUGCCUAGAUUCAGUGAAGACGAAGCAGAGAUGGUGAAGGGAUCGUUCGAUUUCAUUGGACUGAAUUAUUACUCUGGGAAAUAUGCAGUUAGCACAGAUGAUGUUUAUCACCCUCCUAAUGAAGUGAGCUACCUCACUGAUUCUGGCUACAAUCCAGUAGGGGACAAAGACGGCAUACCUAUUGGGGAACAAUGGAGCAACCACAGUCAGUACAAUGUGUAUCCGAAGGGGCUCCGCCUCCUCCUCCAAUACAUAAAACUACAGUACAAGGAUCCUCUAAUCUACAUUACUGAGAAUGGGGUUGAAGAAGACAGGAAUGAUAAUGUGCCGAUAUCUGAGGCGCUCAAAGAUUACACGAGGAAGAAAUUCUUCUUCGAUCAUCUAUGCUGUCUGCGUGAAGCAAUUGACUUAGAUGGUGUUAAUGUGAAAGGAUUCUUCGCAUGGUCGUUGACAGAUAACUACGAAUGGGCUUCGGGCUAUUUGGUUCGUUAUGGGCUUAACUAUGUCGAUUAUACAGAUAAGCAUCUGCGGAGAUACCCCAAGCUCUCUGCACAAUGGCUCCGAAGCAUCUUUGGGCGUGGAGAUGAAAAACAUCAAGUUAGAGAAGUUUCUGAUCAUUAAGAUGGAAUGAGAGUCUAAUGCAGUACCAAUAUUGCAGUAUAUUUGAUUCAGUGUGUUGAAAAGCAGCAAUCAUGUACAACUGUUAUACAAUUUGCAGUAUAUUUGAUUCAGUGUGA